AUGGCAGCGCGGCUGCUCGCACCACCAGGCCCUGAUAGUUUCAAGCCUUUCACCCCUGAGUCACUGGCAAACAUCGAGAGGCGCAUUGCCGAGAGCAAGCUCAAGAAACCGCCCAAGGCCGACGGCAGUCAUCGGGAGGACGAUGAGGACAGCAAGCCCAAGCCAAACAGUGACCUGGAGGCAGGGAAGAGUUUGCCUUUCAUCUACGGGGACAUCCCACAAGGCUUGGUCGCGGUUCCCCUGGAGGACUUUGACCCAUACUAUUUGACGCAGAAAACCUUUGUAGUAUUAAACAGAGGGAAAACUCUCUUCAGAUUUAGUGCCACGCCUGCCUUGUACAUUUUAAGUCCUUUUAACCUGAUAAGAAGAAUAGCUAUUAAAAUUUUGAUACAUUCAGUGUUUAGCAUGAUCAUUAUGUGCACUAUUUUGACCAACUGUGUGUUCAUGACUUUUAGUAACCCUCCCGACUGGUCGAAGAAUGUGGAGUACACGUUCACAGGGAUUUAUACAUUUGAAUCACUAGUGAAAAUCAUUGCAAGAGGUUUCUGCAUAGAUGGCUUUACCUUUUUACGGGAUCCAUGGAACUGGUUAGAUUUCAGUGUCAUCAUGAUGGCAUAUGUGACAGAGUUUGUGGACCUGGGCAAUGUCUCAGCGCUGAGAACAUUCAGGGUUCUCCGAGCUUUGAAAACUAUCUCUGUAAUUCCAGGCCUGAAGACCAUCGUGGGCGCCCUGAUUCAGUCCGUGAAGAAGCUGUCAGACGUGAUGAUCCUGACAGUGUUUUGCCUGAGCGUCUUUGCCUUGAUCGGACUGCAGCUCUUCAUGGGGAACCUGCGCAACAAGUGUGUGGUGUGGCCCAUCAACUUCAAUGAGAGCUAUCUCGAAAACGGCACCAAGGGCUUUGACUGGGAAGAGUACAUCAACAAUAAAACAAAUUUCUACAUAGUUCCUGGUAUGCUGGAACCUUUGCUCUGUGGGAACAGUUCUGAUGCUGGGCAAUGUCCAGAGGGAUACCAAUGUAUGAAGGCAGGAAGGAACCCCAACUAUGGUUACACGAGCUUUGACACUUUCAGCUGGGCCUUCUUGGCAUUAUUUCGCCUUAUGACCCAGGACUACUGGGAAAACUUGUAUCAAUUAACUUUACGAGCAGCUGGGAAGACGUACAUGAUCUUCUUCGUCUUGGUCAUCUUUGUGGGUUCUUUCUAUCUGGUGAACUUGAUCCUGGCUGUGGUGGCCAUGGCUUAUGAAGAGCAGAAUCAGGCAACACUGGAGGAGGCAGAGCAGAAAGAGGCCGAGUUCAAAGCAAUGUUAGAGCAGCUUAAGAAGCAACAGGAAGAGGCACAGGCGGCGGCGAUGGCCACUUCAGCAGGAACUGUCUCAGAAGAUGCCAUAGAGGAAGAAGGUGAAGAAGGGGCAGGCUCUCCCCGUAGCUCAUCUGAAAUCUCUAAACUGAGUUCCAAGAGUGCCAAAGAGAGACGGAACCGGAGAAAGAAGAGGAAACAAAAGGAGCUCUCUGAAGGAGAGGAGAAAGGGGAUCCUGAGAAGGUGUUCAAGUCGGAAUCAGAAGAUGGUAUGAGGAGGAAGGGUUUUCGGCUCCCAGACAACAGAAUAGGGAGGAAGUUUUCCAUCAUGAAUCAGUCACUGCUCAGCAUUCCGGGCUCCCCAUUCCUCUCCCGCCACAACAGCAAGAGCAGCAUCUUCAGCUUCAGAGGGCCCGGGCGGUUCCGGGACCCGGGCUCGGAGAAUGAGUUUGCGGACGACGAGCACAGCACGGUGGAGGAGAGCGAGGGCCGCAGGGACUCGCUCUUCAUCCCCAUCCGGGCGCGCGAGCGCCGCAGCAGCUACAGUGGCUACAGCGGCUACAGCCAGGGCAGCCGCUCGUCGCGCAUCUUCCCCAGCCUGCGGCGCAGCGUCAAGCGCAACAGCACAGUGGACUGCAACGGCGUGGUGUCCCUCAUCGGCGGCCCCGGCUCCCACAUCAGCGGGCGUCUCCUGCCAGAGGUGAAAAUAGAUAAGGCAGCUACUGAUGACAGUGCUACAACUGAGGUGGAAAUUAAGAAGAAAGGCCCUGGAUCUCUGUUAGUUUCUAUGGACCAACUGGCUUCCUAUGGACGAAAGGACAGGAUCAACAGUAUAUUGAGCGUUGUUACGAAUACACUGGUAGAAGAGCUGGAAGAGUCUCAGAGGAAGUGCCCGCCAUGCUGGUAUAAAUUUGCCAACACUUUCCUCAUCUGGGAGUGUCACCCUUACUGGAUAAAGCUGAAGGAGAUUGUGAACUUGAUUGUUAUGGACCCUUUCGUGGACCUGGCCAUCACCAUCUGCAUCGUCCUGAACACCCUGUUUAUGGCAAUGGAGCACCAUCCUAUGACGCCACAGUUUGAACACGUCUUGGCUGUAGGAAAUCUGGUUUUCACUGGAAUUUUCACAGCGGAAAUGUUCCUGAAGCUCAUAGCCAUGGAUCCCUACUAUUAUUUCCAAGAAGGUUGGAACAUUUUUGAUGGAUUUAUUGUCUCCCUCAGUUUAAUGGAACUGAGUCUAGCAGACGUGGAGGGGCUUUCGGUGCUGCGAUCUUUCCGAUUGCUCCGAGUCUUCAAAUUGGCCAAAUCCUGGCCCACCCUGAACAUGCUGAUCAAGAUUAUUGGAAAUUCAGUGGGUGCCCUGGGCAACCUGACCCUUGUGCUGGCCAUUAUUGUCUUCAUCUUUGCCGUGGUGGGGAUGCAGCUCUUUGGAAAGAGCUACAAAGAAUGUGUCUGCAAGAUCAACCAGGACUGUGAACUCCCGCGCUGGCACAUGCACGACUUUUUCCACUCUUUCCUCAUCGUCUUUCGAGUGCUGUGCGGGGAGUGGAUCGAGACCAUGUGGGACUGCAUGGAGGUGGCUGGCCAGGCCAUGUGCCUCAUUGUCUUCAUGAUGGUCAUGGUUAUUGGCAACUUGGUGGUGCUGAACCUGUUUCUGGCCUUGCUUCUGAGCUCAUUCAGUGCUGACAACCUGGCGGCCACAGACGACGAUGGAGAAAUGAACAACCUGCAAAUCUCUGUGAUCCGGAUCAAGAAGGGCGUGGCGUGGAUCAAGCUGAAAGUGCAUGCCUUCAUGCAGGCCCAUUUCAAGCAGCGCGAGGCCGACGAAGUGAAACCUCUGGACGAGCUGUACGAGAAGAAAGCCAAUUGCAUCGCCAACCACACCGGCGCCGACAUCCACCGGAACGGUGACUUCCAGAAGAACGGCAAUGGCACCACCAGUGGCAUCGGCAGCAGUGUGGAGAAGUACAUCAUCGACGAGGACCACAUGUCCUUCAUCAACAAUCCCAACCUGACCGUGCGAGUGCCCAUCGCCGUCGGCGAGUCCGACUUUGAGAACCUAAACACCGAGGACGUCAGCAGCGAGUCGGAUCCUGAAGGCAGCAAAGAUAAACUGGACGACACCAGCUCCUCUGAAGGAAGCACCAUUGACAUCAAACCAGAAGUAGAAGAAGUCCCCGUGGAGCAGCCUGAGGAGUACUUGGACCCAGAUGCCUGCUUCACGGAAGGUUGUGUCCAGAGAUUUAAGUGCUGCCAGGUCAACACUGAGGAAGGGCUGGGCAAGUCUUGGUGGAUCCUGCGGAAAACCUGCUUCCUCAUCGUGGAGCACAACUGGUUUGAGACCUUCAUCAUCUUCAUGAUUCUGCUCAGCAGUGGCGCCCUGGCCUUUGAGGACAUCUACAUCGAGCAGAGGAAGACCAUCCGUACCAUCCUGGAGUACGCUGAUAAAGUCUUCACCUACAUCUUCAUCCUGGAGAUGUUGCUCAAGUGGACAGCCUACGGCUUCGUCAAGUUCUUCACCAAUGCCUGGUGCUGGCUGGACUUCCUCAUCGUGGCUGUCUCUUUAGUCAGCCUUAUAGCUAAUGCCCUGGGCUACUCGGAACUAGGUGCCAUAAAGUCCCUUAGGACCCUAAGAGCUUUGAGACCCUUAAGAGCCUUAUCACGAUUUGAAGGGAUGAGGGUGGUGGUGAAUGCCUUGGUGGGCGCCAUCCCCUCCAUCAUGAAUGUGCUGCUGGUGUGUCUCAUCUUCUGGCUGAUUUUCAGCAUCAUGGGAGUUAACCUGUUUGCGGGGAAGUACCACUAUUGCUUUAAUGAGUCUUCUGAGAUCCGAUUUGAAAUUGAAGAUGUCAACAAUAAAACAGAGUGUGAAAAGCUCAUGGAGGGGAACAACACAGAAAUCAGAUGGAAGAACGUGAAGAUCAACUUUGACAAUGUUGGGGCAGGAUAUCUGGCGCUUCUUCAAGUGGCAACCUUCAAAGGCUGGAUGGACAUCAUGUAUGCAGCUGUAGAUUCGCGAAAGCCUGAUGAGCAGCCUAAGUAUGAGGACAACAUCUACAUGUACAUCUACUUUGUCAUCUUCAUCAUCUUCGGCUCCUUCUUCACCCUGAACCUGUUCAUUGGUGUCAUCAUUGAUAACUUCAAUCAACAAAAGAAAAAGUUUGGAGGUCAGGACAUCUUCAUGACCGAAGAACAGAAGAAGUACUACAAUGCCAUGAAAAAGCUGGGCUCAAAGAAGCCACAGAAGCCCAUCCCCCGCCCUCUGAACAAAAUCCAAGGGAUCAUCUUUGAUUUUGUCACUCAACAAGCCUUCGACAUUGUUAUCAUGAUGCUCAUUUGCCUUAACAUGGUGACGAUGAUGGUGGAGACAGAUACUCAGAGCAAGCAGAUGGAGAACAUUCUCUACUGGAUCAACCUGGUCUUCGUCAUUUUCUUCACCUGUGAGUGUGUGCUCAAAAUGUUUGCCUUGCGGCACUACUACUUCACCAUUGGCUGGAACAUCUUCGACUUCGUGGUGGUCAUCCUCUCCAUUGUGGGAAUGUUCCUGGCUGAUAUCAUUGAGAAAUACUUUGUCUCCCCGACCCUCUUCCGAGUCAUCCGAUUGGCCCGUAUUGGGCGCAUCCUGCGUCUGAUCAAAGGCGCCAAGGGAAUUCGUACCCUGCUCUUUGCCUUAAUGAUGUCCUUGCCUGCUCUGUUCAACAUCGGCCUUCUGCUCUUCCUGGUCAUGUUCAUCUUCUCCAUCUUUGGGAUGUCUAAUUUUGCAUACGUGAAGCACGAGGCUGGCAUUGAUGACAUGUUCAACUUUGAGACCUUCGGCAACAGCAUGAUCUGCCUCUUUCAGAUCACCACGUCGGCUGGUUGGGACGGCCUCCUGCUGCCCAUCCUAAACCGCCCCCCUGACUGCAAUUUGGAUAAGGAGCACCCAGGGAGUGGCUUUAAAGGAGACUGCGGGAACCCUUCAGUGGGCAUCUUCUUCUUUGUGAGCUACAUCAUCAUCUCCUUCCUGAUUGUGGUGAACAUGUACAUUGCCAUCAUCUUGGAAAACUUCAGCGUGGCCACAGAGGAAAGCGCAGACCCUCUGAGCGAGGACGACUUUGAGACCUUCUAUGAGAUCUGGGAGAAGUUCGACCCCGAUGCCACCCAGUUCAUCGAGUACUGUAAGCUGGCAGACUUUGCAGAUGCCCUGGAGCAUCCUCUCCGCGUGCCCAAGCCCAACACCAUUGAGCUCAUCGCCAUGGAUCUGCCAAUGGUCAGCGGGGAUCGCAUCCACUGCUUGGACAUCCUUUUUGCCUUCACCAAGCGGGUCCUGGGAGAUAGCGGGGAGUUGGACAUCCUUCGGCAACAGAUGGAGGAGAGGUUCGUGGCGUCCAAUCCUUCCAAAGUGUCUUAUGAGCCAAUCACGACCACGCUGCGGCGCAAGCAGGAAGAGGUAUCAGCAGUGGUCUUGCAGCGCGCCUACCGGGGACAUUUAGCCAGGCGGGGCUUCAUCUGCAAAAAGACAACUUCCAAUAAGCUGGAGAAUGGAGGCACCCACCGGGAGAAAAAAGAGAGCACCCCAUCCACAGCCUCCCUCCCCUCCUAUGACAGUGUGACUAAACCCGAGAAGGAGAAACAGCAACGGGUGGAGGAAGGACGAAGGGAAAGAGCCAAAAGACAAAAAGAGGUCAGAGAAUCCAAGUGUUAG